AUGGACAGGACCUUCCACCUUAACAAGAGUAUCCUGGAUGCCGACGGGAACAUACUAGAAGACAGUGACGACUAUGAACUACGCGUGGAUGAUCGCGCUAAGGCCAUUGAUGAGUCGUUUAUGUUGGAGAUUGGCGAUAAGGGAAGGCAGCUCAUCGCACAGAGCGACGAAAAAGGUAC